AUGCGAGCGACAGAGUUGCUCCAUUUCCUUCUGGCAACAGUUUCAUUUGCACAAGAUAUGUCACGAGACAAUAAACAUGUCGAGAAUGGGAUAUUCGCCAUAGUUGGUGCUGAACUUCCUCAUUCUGAAGUCCCAGUUCCAGACUACUACCACAAUCCAGCAGAAUUACUUCUCACUAGUGUCCUCGAGGCUAGAGAAGACUCUGAAAAGCGUAACUCUCUGGAAACGUCGAGAGAGUUCCCACCACCACCUACGAUUUCAACCAAUUCCAUCGAGACUAGCUCUGCGGAACAUGAGUCAAUAGUAAAAGCUCAUAGAAUAGAUCAUUCUGGGGAGAACCUCAUCAGAUACCCAAUGAAACUGUGGUUACAUGGAGGAAUGGAGGAAGUCAUCAUUUUCGAUUUUUGGAGAUUCAGUGACUUGAAGGGUCUUUUUAUCUCUUGUGCCAUCCUGUUCGUCCUCGGAGCUUUCUACGAAGCUCUGAAAGGUCUUCGACUCAACCUCGCUGAUGUCAAAAAAUGGAAGCGGAAAGACUCGUUCAAACUUCCUACUGUAGUCACCGUAACUGAUGGUCGUGCAUUGAGAGACGAUUUCAAAGAUCUGACGAGUAGCGUUCCAUUGGUUACCAACCCUUUCAGAAUAGUCGACAACCAGGAAGAAAAGGAUGCAGCUAAAACACCCGGCUGCUUUUCCUUGGUUCGUAUUGUUCAGGCUCUGGUCUACAUGGUUCAAAUGGCUUUGGCUUUUGCACUAAUGUUGGUUGUGAUGACUUACAAUGUUUGGCUCAUUCUUGCUACUGUCCUUGGUGCUGGAAUUGGACACUGGAUGUUCCCUUCGAAACCUUCUGUGGUUUGA